AUGAGCAAAUUCGUAGCAUCAGGGGAAAUUGUUCAGGAUGUUUUCACGGACAACGCUGAGGAAAGGGCUGCUGCCAAACAAAAGGAAUGGGACGAUGCCAGGGCGAGAGCUGCUCUUGCACCGCUCAAAGAAGAUUUAUACAUUGAUCGUCUGGGGUCAGAUGUAGCCCGUUUCACUAACACUUUGGUUUUGUCAAUCACAGCUGUAAAACAUGUUGACGAGGAUUAUGAUCCACGAUCCCUCUUUGAACGGUUGCAGGAAAAUAAGGACCGGAAAAAUGAAGAUAUCGAUGAGAAAAUGAAGUUCAAAAACCAGAUAUCUUACCUGGAUGAUGAAGACGUGAACUUUCUUCAAGCUGCAGCUGAGGAGGAGGCGAAGAAAGAAGAACAGCGAUGGGAGGAAGAGAUGGCGGAUGUGAAAGCAUAUAGGAUGGCCGUAUCCAGCAAACAAACCGCACAAGCUACAAACUUUAAUCUGGAAAAGUUGGGUGCAGAAGGCGCGAGCAAAGAAAGUAAGGUGGUGCAGCCGCCAAAAAAGAGGUUUGCUGGCGGGCUACUACUGGGGAUUGUAAAACGACCAGCAGAUUCGAGAGACGCAAAUUCCAGUUCUGAAUCCAAAAGGCAAAAAGUAAGUGACACAACGGAAGUCAGUGACACGCACAAAACUACUAAAGCAGAUCCCCCAAAAACGGAUUCGAAACCGCUGGCAAGUAUGCUGGCUGCAUACGAUAGUGAAAGUGAAAGUGGUGACAACAGCGAGUAG